AUGUCUUCUCACUUCACCUCCACAUGUUUCUCUUCUCUCUGCCACCUACAGUCCUUGUCAUCCAGUCAAAACCACAGAAGAGCAGAGUCAGGUAGGAUAACUCUGGUGGACUCGGGGGACGGAUUCUUCACUGUGACCUUCAGGCAACUCCAGCUGUCAGACUCAGGGAUAUACUGGUGUGGGGUGGACAGGCCUGUUUUUGACACAUUCACUUCAGUAAAUCUUACUGUGAAGGAAGCGGUUGCAACCGUCACACCUGAACUUUCUUUCACAUGGACAUAUGGGAACUUUUCCACCUCAACAGAGUUAACAUCUGGAAUGAACACCAGUAGUCCUACAAACCUUUCAACAGCCUCAAACUACACUAACGUAAGAGAACAGAACAUAAGCACAGACACUGUGUUGUAUGCCAGUGUUGGGGGUGCUGCUGUGCUCACUAUCUUGGUGCUGGCGAUGUGCUUCAGGAAAUGCAGAGAAAUCUCAAAACCUCAACCACAAGUUUGCUCCAACAGCACAGACCUGAUCAGUGCAGCUGAAAGAGAAGUAUGUGGCAGAAACUGGAGCAUGUCACCGCACAACAAUUGUCUUCUUAGAGAAACAUGA